CAUCUCUGCAACAAUCCGCCAUAUUGGGAUUGCGUUGCCAGUUGUCUCUUCUAACUUGUGUAGUUAAAGAAAAGUACACUUUUUCUCUUCGCAAUUUGGUCAGUAUGAUUGGCUUAAGCAUAAAAUCACUCAGGCGACACACUGCCCUGAUUCCACUGCUGGGCUGUGUAGGCUUGGGUGUUGUAGGUGCUACUUUGUACUUGGCAAGAUUGGCGUUUACUGAUCCUGAUGCAGUAUGGGACAAGAAGAAUAACCCACACCCCUGGAAGAAGAUCAAGCCCAAUGAAAAUAUUAAGUUCUACUCAGCUGGCAAAAUUGAUUAUGAAAGCAAAGAAAAGAUUCAUCCUGAAAUUGACGAGAAAAAAUAAAGUAGCUAUCAAGAAGAAUGUUUUAAUGCUGAAAUCUGCACCUCGUUUUUUGUUGUAAUGAAAACUUAGGCUUAGUACAACAUUUAUUUCUAUUACAAGAAGUUUGAGUCUAGUUUAUAUUUCUAUUCACAUCAGUGUUUAACAACAAGCCAUAAUGCAAUCUUGUCAAAUUGAAAAUACAAAUUGUUCAUAACAUUAAUUUCAAAAGUACGUGUCAAAUCAUGUGAUUAAUUGAAUGUCAUGGCCAGUUACAGCAAGAACUACAGGGUUUAUAGGAAUUCCAGGGUAGUUUGCACUCAAAUUAUAUUCAACACUGUCAAUUUAUUUUGGAUACAAUAAACACACCGCAUUUGUAUGAAUAUGCAACAUGUAGGUUUAAUGUUCGUAUAUGCAUGUUUUUCACUCUGAUUAUACUGAUUGACAAUACUAGCUUGUGUGUAAAUUUGAGGUUGUCAGGGAAAAUCACUAAAUGCUGCACAUUUCAUUUUUUGAAAUAAAUAAAACUUGGGGAUUUAAUUU